CAGAGGUCACCAGGUAUGACUACCUGUGUUAAGGAGGGGCCGCGGGCCUUUGCAAGCAAAUUUUUCUCGAGCGAAAAUCCGUAAGACUUUCGAAUAAAGAAGCGAACCGUGUAUCCUUCGUAUAAAACUCUCACAACAUGUCUUUCCGACUAUUCCUUUUCGGUACGAUUUAACUGUAAAUGCUGUAAUAUGAUACUUCUGACUCACGACACACGUACAGGUAGUACACAGUUCCUGUUCCGAGAAAAAUUUGAGUCAUUGAAACCACCCAGUUCAACGGCUCUUCUGAGAAGCCCGGACGCACACCGACAUUUUAUUCAGUGACUCUGCUACGUUCACACUCCUUACAUACUAUGUUUCGACUCUCCACAAAUCUUGAAAUCUGUGAAUCGUGACUUGAAGACUUCCCCAAAAGGUACCCUAACACCUGAGUACGUGACGUAACUAAGGAGGAAGUGGGAUCGUAAGAAAAUGGCGGCUGCGUGGGUUCUUCUGAUCGCGCUUGUCUUCUGUAGUACGACAAUUGACGACGUUCUCACAACUGCCGACGAUAGUUCAGGGUUUUCAUUGCAAGGACCACCCGACAAGCCUAUCAACGUGAGAUUCGAGUCCGUCAAUUUUAACCACACGCUACGAUGGGAUCUAGCGCCAAACCACGACAACUCGACUAUGUUUACAGUACAGUACAUCGGAGCGGGACAUCGGGAAUCAUUCCCGUCCCCGGAAGACUGGCAGGAGAAGGCGAAGUGUAUCAACAUCACGGCGGUGUGCUGCGUGCUUCUCUCCGAGCUGGGGACAGACGGGAACUGGUGGGCACGUGUACGGGCUCUCAACUCUUACGGUACCAGCGACUGGGCAGAGACUACAGUCUUCGAACCGUUUGAAGAUACAAAACUAGGUGCCCCAGAUUUGGACAUCCUUCAAGCUAAGACAGACCGACUGACUCUCCGCAUCCGGGCACCGAAAACCCCUUUCUAUAACAGCGACAACGGGCGACGCAUGCGCAUGUCACGCAUCUUCAGCAGGAUCGAGUGGACGAUAACGUAUGGAGAAGUCGGGUCAAGUCUUGAUCUGGAGAAAGAAACCACAGAGAAAGACAUUGUGCUGAAUAACCUUUACCCGGGGAAGCACUACUGUAUCAGCGUGAGGGGCCGGUACAUAGAGAAGAUAGGAGACACAGGGCGGAUAUGCGCUGAUACACAGGAGGACGUUCCCUCCGCCGGUGCCCGGUUCCUGGCCUUCAGAGUGGAUGACUGUACCAGGUACCCUUUGAGGAACAUCCAACUCACCUGGCAGCCUCCAGCGGAAGAAAAUUGGAAUGGGGAACUCCAGACGUACAAAAUCAGGUACAGGGAGGUUGGGACUUUCAGCACAGAGAUGACACAUUCGUUGGUUCCGGUGGAAGUUACCGACUUCAUCAUUCGGGACCUGUCCGCAUCCAAAGCGUACAUUGUUGACGUGGCUGCGUGCACUUCCGCCGGAUGUAGUGAUCCACCCGCUCAACACAACAUGCUGAGGGUUCCAUCGCUCCAAAUAGCAGAUGCAUCGCCCGAUGCUCCAAACGUAAGCGCCGCGGCAUUGUCACCAACGUCCAUGCAAGUCAACUGGAGUCCGCUAGAGGACGCCUGUGUACAGGGGUACAUGGUGCAGUACGACCCUGAUGUGGAGCCCGUUAGUGUGGACACCGUCAACGCCGUGAACCUGACAGGACUGGUGCCGGGGAAGGAGUACCAUGUCUGCGUGAAGGCACGACUACCCUCCGCUGACGUGCGUGGGUUUGGAGAGUGUGCCAGAAGUGCGGGAGUCUAUGCACGGACAGAGGCUUCAGAAGCUGAUUCUCACAUCUUGGUCCGGACGGUUCUGCCAAUCCUUGCCGUGGCGUGCCUGUUGGUACUUGUCUGUUUCCUGGUUCUGUGGAUGCGUGGCAGCCCCUUCCUCAGUAUCAGCAAAAUCAACAUUGUACUUCCUCCUGUCCUGGUUGAAAUCAAAGAGACCAAAGACAGAUCUGCUUUUGAGCCGAUCUCUUCUUCAUCAAGCAAAGAGAGCAUGGACGAUCUCGACACCAUUCGUACCAGACUCAUUCGCCAAAAGAGCAAAUUGGUCAAAUCUCUUCAAAAUCUUCCCGACAACUUAUCCCUUGACGACGGCGCCUUUACGAGCGAGAAGAAGAGAUUGCUGAGCUGGAAGUCAGACAAGGAUCUUGUAGUUAAAGUCGUGAUAUCGCAGCAGAAGAGCGAAGACGAAGAUGAGCCGUCAUCUCCGACCAGCACGGAUUCCGGAAACGUUUCCGGUCCGUCCUCUCUGAUAACGGAUUCCGGUGCCGACGAAUCGUCCAACUUUCCGGUCACAACGGAUUCUCCGGUGUCACCUAAGAAGAAAAAUUUCCUCGAGUCAUUUCUACGAGCGUCCACAGAUAGUCCACUCCCUUCCAAAGAGGCUGAAGAGAACUGGCCGGAGACUGCACACACGACGUCCUCGGCCGAAAUUGACCCUUAUGUACACGCAACCGACGGUGCGUUGGAAGAAGAUGUGGACGAAGAUUUCCAGGUGGGAGGAUGCAAAAAUCAGUCCAACCCGUAUGUUCUAGCGGAGAAUCUUCCUCUACUGGCACCAACAUUCAACCAAGGAUUUACGUCUAACGCAAAGCCACAAACCACUGUCGCACCGUCCCCCAACCUCUCUACGCAAAGGGGUGUACCCGGCUUGCCAACCCCGAGCGCAUUUCUUCCAAGGCCGGGCGAAACCUCACCCCCUACCCAAUCCAUGUCGUCAGGAAGCUCCAUAGAUCCUUAUGUGGUGUCUGCAGCCCCUUUGCGUUCACUACCAGUCCCUCGUUCUGCCCAAAACUCUCCGGACUCUCCUUCAAGCUCUUCAACCAGCAGUAUAGAUCCGUACGUACAAGCCGCAGGAGGCCCGAGAGGAUGGCAGAACCCACUAGCUUCUUCCUCCUCGAUGUCGUCUGGGAGUGACGUCGAUCCGUACCUCCGAGCGAGCAGUACUCCAUCGGGUACCAGUCUGACACCAAGCGCCGCCCAGCGUCCACCUGCAAGACUGCAUCUUCCACCCGGACCAUCGCGAACACGACCGCCUCCAGGUAACAACUUGAACUCCUCAUCGAUGUCGUCUGAGAGUGACGUCGAUCCGUACCUCCGAGUGAGCAGUACUCCAUCGGGUACCGGUCUGAGACCAAGCGCCGCCCAGCGUCCACCUGCAGGACUGCAUCUUCCACCCGGACCAUCGCGAACACGACCGCCUCCAAGUAACAACUUAAACUCCUCCUCGAUGUCGUCUGAGAGUGACGUCGAUCCCUACGUCCAGGCAAGUAGCAGACAGGCUACUCCAUCGGGUAACAGUCAGAGACCAAGCGCCGCCCAGCGUCCACCUGCAGGACUGCAUCUUCCACCCGGUCCAUCCCAACCGUCUCCAUCUAACAACUUGAACUCCUCUUCGGACACGAAAUGAAGAUUACCAAAACCCUUGGGUGGCAAGGUAGAUGAUCAUGUUGCCGUGUAUAUAGCAGGGGAGUACAAAGUAGAAGAAAAAGUGGAAAAUAUGUGAAUACCUCUGAGGUGUAUGUAUUACCUAGAAGGAGCUUGUUGUUAGUUAGUUUAUGAUAUCACAAGAUAGGUAUUUUAAAGGCCACAAGAAUACUGAAGAAUAUGCGUGUACAACUGUUAUGCACACGUUCUUAAUUUUGAUUUGACUAUGCACUUCACGAGUUUGAAGUACAUUUUGUACUGCCACAUUACAUUAGAUAAUUGUACAUCAGACAGCCACAAAAGUUUCUAUGUCUUAAUUAAAAAAGGGUUUCAAGCUGCCCUAAAACAUAAAAUUAAUUUUGAUUUGACUAUGCACUUCACAAGUUUGAAGUACAUUUUGUACUGCCACAUUACGUUAGAUAAUUGUACAUCAGACAGCCACAAAAGUUUCUACGUCUUAAAAAAGGGUUUCAUGCAAGCUGCCCUAAAACAUAAAAGUGUUCAGAACACAUGUUCAUUUUGUAUAUACAUGUAGGUACUAUUAGAAUAGAUGAUAUCUUCUUACAUUAAAAUUUUAUCGAACUAGUUAUGUAUACGUGUAGAUAUCUCAACUAGCCAACUAUUUCAACCAAACUAGCUCUGUGAAAGAUAUGUGGAAAUUAUGAGGUGUUAGUUUCUGUACGUAGUGCAUAAUGAGUCUUUAUGGAGUACAGUAUACCUAUGUAUAUGUGUAAAGCACAUCACAUUUAUGAAUCUAUAUGUAACGUUAGGUUCUGAUUGGUUUUUGAUGUCUUUUUGAAGGCGUCUUUGUCAGCCUUUCUAUUUUUUUUUCCUUUAGAUUUUUUUUCAGAUGUCAGACGUCAAAGAGAAAAAUUGAAACGCCUUCAAAUGUCAAAAACAAUCCGGAGACUAACCUCUGCUUGGAGAUUAUAGCAUUGUUGUAGAAGAUAGAUGCAUCUUUUUCACCUAGCCUGUGCUUACACGAUCUCUGGGGUUAAUGACCCCCCUCCCGGGGCAAUUGUAGGGCCGGCCGCUAGGGGCGCGAUUUUAGCCAGGCUACCGUUUUACCGCCAUCUACGUU